CGGUCUAGUGUUUUAGUGAAGGACGAGCUCACUGUUGUUUUGGUGUGAACGCUCAGACUCAAACAUGGCGAGGUUCUUGAGGCCUAACAUCAGGAGUUUUCUCACCUCUCAGCUAAGAAUGUCAUCCGACCAGGUAAGACAGCUGGGUGAACUAGGUAAAGGUGCAGGCAAGGGUGGAGGAGGUGGUGGAUCCAUCAGGGAGGCUGGCGGAGCCAUGGGGAAGAAGCAGGCUGCUGAGGAGGAGCUCUACUUCAAGCGAAAGGAGAAGGAGCAGCUUGCUGCAUUGAAGCAACACCAUGAGGAGGAAAUCGAUCACCACAAGAAAGAGAUUGAACGUCUCCAGCGCGAGAUUGAUCGCCACAAGGGAAAGAUCAGGAAGCUGAAGCAUGAUGACUGAGUUGAAACCUUACAAAAAGAAAAGAAGUUGAAUACUUCUAACGUCCCGCAUGCCUGUAAUCAAUCGUUCCCUCAGAUUGCUGCAUAGACUGCGUUACCACACAGGCCUUGAAUGUGUAGAAGAUACCGUAUUAAAAUUGUUCAUUAUUAAAAAAAUGGUUUUAUGGUGUUCUGUGAUGGAUGAACAUUUAUUUAGUUUGCUUUUUAUUUGCUGUCAAAUGACAGCAGUAACAUGCCCAAAUAUAGCUCAAAUAUAAUAUGGAAGAUGGUUUUUGUUUUGUAAUGUGUAACUAAAUAAAUACAUCGCACUGUAAAUACAAUUGCUAGUUCCAAAUUAUGUAACAUUUUGCAAAUGUGUUUUUAAUUUAAAAAACAUUAGUCAGAUGUUAUUUUACCUGUGAUCCCACCAACAAAUUUUAAAAAGGUCAGGACACAGAGUGAAAGACUGAAGGAGUGUAAUGCAAAAAAGAGAGGGAGAAAACACUUAAACCUCUAACAUUUAAUUAAGUUAACUGUAAUAGGUUGUUGAAAAUAUAAAUGUUUUUUUAAAGAGCAUCCCAGGGAGGCUGUAUUUC